GUAGUGAUCAUGUUUUUGAAACCUAUAUUUUAUUGUGUCAGUAAACAAUUUAUAGGAUUGUCAUAAGGUAAAAGGUUAUACUACUGACAACUCGGUAAAAAUAUUAAAAAUAUUCGUAAUAUUGAGAUUGAAAAUACCUGUGUAGUACAUUCUAUAAGGAACAGUAUUGAUUAAACUGAAGACAUUUAUUAUACAUGAGGCGUUUUAAUCAAAAUAUGCAUAAGUGUGCAAAUGAUAAUACAUUUAUAAAAGUCAAUAUUAUAUCGCAAUGGAUGAGAUAUUUUCUAUAGAACCAUAUUUAGUUUGUCUGUGAUGAUAUGGAAAUUACUCAGUGUUAAAAGUGAAUGGCAAAUCAUUCAUCUGUGGAGAAUUUUUCAAGGUAAAUGACUACCGACAUUUAUUUAUUUAAGUUGAAACUGUCUACAGCAUGUGACAGGUAUUUAAAGUGAAAUGUGGGAAUAAUUUUGGUGUUCAUUGACAAGAUUAAAGAUUGUGAACUCGGACACUUUAUGCAAGGAAAUUACUACAAUGGCAAGUACAUAUUCUUCAAUUGCUACUCAUAUGUGGCCUCCGCCUUCUUCGGAAACUGCCACAAGACUUCAAAGACUUCAGGAGUUAGAACAAAUGAGAAAAGAGAGACAGUUAGCUUCAGGUUUAAUAAGUAAUGAACCUACUGAUGCAGGGACUAGAUUAAGUCGUAGACAACAAAUUAGUGGUUCUAUAGGAAUACGUAAUAAACUCAUUGAUAAUCAUGAAGAAAGGCGAAAGUCUUUUCAAGGAAGACGAACAUUAGCAGAAAGUAGAGGAUCGAAUUCUUUGAGUACAUCCCAAGGAAGUUUAUCCAGUCGUUAUGGAGGUGCAAGACCAAAGAAUUUGGACUUAAGUUCAUCAUCGAAUAAAACUGUUUCAUCUCAACAAUUAGACGAUUAUGGUGGAAGAGAAAGGUCAUCAUCAUUAACAAAUACAGAUGAAACUCUUACGUCUCCAUUGUUACGAUCUCAAAGUGAGACUGAAAUCCCAUCCCCUCAGUCUGCUUCAUUUAACAAUGCAACACAUUUUUCAGAAUCAGCAGCAAAUACAUCAGUUUCAGAAGAUGAGGAUGAUAUCGAGAAUUUUAAACGUUCCUUAUUAGGUAUCCAAAGCUUGGCAAAUGUCCAAGAAAAAGAUGAACCAGUUUUACAACGAAGUUUACCUAUGUAUACUAGUACUAGAAAAUCUGGAAAUAUAGAUUCUUCAAAAUUAUUAAUUCACCAAUCUGAACGUAAAGGUGAAAAUUUCUCUGUAAGAAAACCAACCCCUGUAUCAAAUGCAACAAGUCAUCAAAGGGUUCAAAAUAUGGUCAGUGAAAGUAUGAAGAGAUUGGACAGUUUGUUUGAUACAACACCCUCGUCAGAUUAUAAGAGCAACACAAUUCCCAGAAGUGGAAGUAACCGAUCAAGAUUGGGAUCUAAAAGAAUUGAAAUUAAGUCUUCACGAGGUAUAGAUAAAGAUGUGGUAUUGCCUGACCCACAAAAUCAUUUGGAAGAAAUUGUUCAUCACAAUUCACUGGAAAAAUUUGUUGAGGAUGAUCACCCCAGUGAAGCUCCCUUUUUUAAACAUAAUGCAUAUGAAUCAGACCAGAGUUAUGUAGAUAUAGGUACUAGACAUGAAAUUAAACCCAAGGAAAAUGGCGAAUAUAAACAUUUCAAUACGGAUGAAAUAAAUGUUAUAGUAUCAAAAACACUGGAAAGUAAUGAAGUUGGUUACUCUGAAGAUGUUGAAAGUAGAAUAAAUCAGUCUGAACCAGGUAAUAUAGAAUCAUCUGUAUCAGCAUCAGAUAUAUUGUCUUCUGUAGAGAAUUAUAGUAGUCAUGAUCAAAGUGAAAGAAAGUUAGAACCCCCUUCAGAAAUUACUAUUGAUGAAGAAAUUUCCCAAAAUCACAUAACAACAGACACUGAUAGGCUCAAUAUGCUAACAAAUACUCAUGUUGGUGCAAAAAUAAGUGGCAGGUUUUCAACAAAUAACCAGUCUGAAAAUACUGAAUCAUUACAUAAUUUUGAACAUGAAGGUGACAUUAACAGUAUUGAUCAUACACACUCAUCUUACUCUAUGCAAAAAGAAGAAGAGGAUGAUUUAUUAGAUGCUAGUAAUGUUGGGUAUUUUGAAAUGGAAACCGUACAAAACAAUGAAAGUGAAAAUUCAUUCAAUUAUCAAACUGGCAUAUCAUCAGACUUUCCUCAAUUUACAAAUACAGACGAUUUUCUUAAUUAUGAUAAUGAUGAAAGAAAUUCAUCUGAACCUGAAAGAAGUUCAGGUUAUGAUCCAAUUCAGGUUAUGGACAAAAUUUUAUCAAGAACCUAUGGGAAUUCUGAUGAAAGUUAUCAUUCUCGCUAUAGAACACUUCCGUACUCUAGAAAGGAACAAUCUGUAACCCAAUAUAACAAAUAUGAUAGUGAUAAUUCAAAUGUAAGAAAAGCAUCAUUAGGACCUACUGGAAUAUCACAAGAUGCAUUAAGCAGAAUAAAUGAUUUGUUUGGGAAAAAGACUGAAACUACAAUGUUUAGCAAUAGUCAGCCUACUGCUCCAAGAAGAAGAGCUAGAGAUACAUUAAUAGGGUCAAGGACAAGUAUUUCUCGUUCUCGAUCAGAUGCUGGAGAAAGUGGCUAUGAGGGUAGGCGAGCUACCUUACUAAGCAGAAAUUCAGAUGGAAAAAAAGUUUAUGUCUCAGGAAGCAGUUAUUCCUCUGUCAGUUCAGAAGAAAAACAACAGCCUUAUAGACAAUCUGUUCUCUCCAAAUACAGCAGAACACAAGACGAAAAUAAAAGUAAAAUUGAAGACAUUCAAAGUCGAUCUAGGAAUUAUUCAAGCAGUGGUAAUCACUCCUCUUUAGGUGAUACUACAUAUCAGUAUACUAGAAGCAGGUCAGUAGACUUAGAUAAUGUGAAAAGUAAUAGUGAAUAUUUGAACACAGACACACAAAAUACAAAAGACAUUAUGAAGGAAUCAGACGACAGCGGAGUGUCAUUUGAAAUAUCAAAAAUUAUGGGUGAAAUUUCAUCAGAAUUUCUUACAACUGAUGAAAAUGACAUACAGUUUUCAAAUGAGACAUUGACUCCGGACACCAUUAUUGAUGGAGAUUUAUCAAAUGUUCAAAGUGAAGUAGACAAUUCUGAUAAUGUAGAGGAAGAGGUGACAUUUAGUAGUUCAUGUCAGGUGGAAGUUGGUCAAGUCUUGGUGUGUGACAAUAAACUAGAAAAGGAACAUAGUAAUGAUAGUGUUAUGGAUGAAACCAUUAAAAAUGAAAAUGUGGUUUUAUCUGGAGAUCAGGAAAACCGAACUGAUGCCGAUCUCGAUAGCAAAUCGCCUAAUGAAAUCCAAAAAGGAGAUGAAGAGACAAUUGAUGACAACAUUUGUAAAGAAGCAGAGAAAAUGUCAUCUGAUGAAACAGAUAAUAAAUCUAUGACAAACAACACUUCCUUAACCCCUUCAAAGAAGAAGAAAAACAAAAAGAAAGGGAAAAAGGGAAAUAAUUCAGAUUCUUCAAAACUUAUUGUUUCACAUCCAAGUGAACUAUUCAAAAAAAGUAAAAAGGAUUUAAAGACAAAUCAAGGAAAAGUAAAAGAAAAUGAAAUAAAAAGCAAAGAAAAAAUUGACAAUAAAGACAAAAAACAAGCAAGCAAUAACAAAGAAAAUAAAACAAAUCUGAGCAAGUCAAGUGAAAAACUUACAAAGGCCAGAGUCAAAGAUGUUGGAAAUAAAGACAAAAAGAAAGAAGGAAAAGUACCAAGUGAUAAUAUUGAAAAAUCCGACUCAGUUGAUGAAAGUCCAAAAAGUCGCUCAAAAUUGAAAAAUUUAUUUGACACCAUUUUUCAUCCGUUUGAUCACAAAAGUGAAACAUCUUCAGUCAGCAGUGUAAUAACUGAUGAUAAUAAAUCUCAAAGCUCAGGGGAAAAAACUCCAGUAGCUGAAGAUUGGGAAAUAAUUUCUGACCCACUCUCAAAUCUGAAUGUUGUACAUGAAGACAACUACGCAUCUUUUGAAAAUGAGGACAUAAUGACCGAAACUAAUUCUAAAAAAAGGAAAACAUCUGAUGAAUUAAGUGGUAUGAGUACAGACAAUUAUGAAACAGCUUCAGAUAAUACAAUAAGUGGUGGCUCAGAAUAUGAAGAAUUCUAUGAGGCUUUACCAACAGAACUAUUUGGACAGUCUUGGAAUGAGAAUGAAAUCCAAAAUGAAACUGAAAGAAAAGAACAAUUUGUUUAUGUUUGUGCAGCAUCUAAAGUUAGAAUGAAGAGGAAGAAAGCUCCUCCAGUUGAUAAACAAAAGGCAGAAAAUGUGAAUCAGUGGAUAGAAAACAAUUUGUAUCCUAGUGAAAAGUUUCCACAACAAGGAGAAAAAGUGGCUAACAAGAAGUUUGUGGAUAGCAAUCAGUUUAGUCAAAAUGAUGAAACAAUAGGAAAUCUGGAAUCAAUUCAUGAAAGAACAAAUUUGGAAUCAAUUCAUGAAAGAACAAAUUUGGAAUCAAUAAAAGAAAGAGAAAAUGUAUCAAAGCUAAAUUUAAAUGUUGAUAUUAUUGAUCAACAUGAUAUGACAAUUCAGUCAAAAGACCUGGCAUUUCAAAAGAAUGAAGGAGAGCAACAUUCUGACCUAAUAACCAUUGAAAAAACUGAUAGCCUAGAAGAAAAACCUGAACUUUUCAAAUCUGAGACAUUUUAUGAAAAUAAUGUAAGAAGUUUUGAAGAAGUACAUGAUGAUCCAAAAUUACUAGAAAGUGUUCCGCUUGACCUUAAAGCUUCUGACAGUGGUUUUACAGAUACACUUGUUAAUGCUCUGAGAGAAAAACUUUGUCAAUCUUGUCAAGGAGUAUUAAUUGAUGUUUUAAAACAAACAUACUUUACCAGAUACGAACAGAUUGCUGAAAAACCUUUACAAUCUUCUUUAACACAAGAACCAUCAUCAAAUACAAGAUCAAUAGAUGAAAAAGAUCAUACAGAAAUAAGCAAAACAAGUUCAAUAGUUGGAAAUGGUCAUUCAAAAAUCUCAAUGGAUGAAAAUAAAUGUUUAGAAAUUAGCAAGACAAGUUCAGUAGAUGGAAAAGAUCAUUUCAAAAUUAUUACAAAAGAAACAACCAGUUCAAAGAAAAUACAGAAACCUAAAAAACUAGAAGUUAAUGACUUACUCUAUGGAAAACCAAACAAGGAUGAUUCAAGUUCUUCAGAAAAUACAGUAAAUAAUAACCCUGAAACAACUGGAAAUAAUGGAAUACAAAAGUUAAAUCGAUUAUCAUCACCUAAAAAAUCGCCACCUUCAGAAAAGGCCAAUAUUCUAGCUAAAAAUGACAAUUUCAAAGGUACUCCCACCAAGAUGAGUCCUAAUAACCAUACUGCUGAAAUAAAGACCAAAGCAAAAAUGGUCAGUUUGGAUAAAAGUAAAACAAAUGGCAAGGUGUUGCCAAAGUCUGAACCAAGGCUAUGUCAACAAAGUCCUAAACAUGUAAAAACAAAACAAGGAGUUUCUAAAGUUGAUGAAGAAGGAAAAGAUUCCACAAAUGGAGAGGACGAGGAGUACAAAUUACCUCAUUUAAAAGAUAAUCCUUUUAUCAGAAAGGACAAAAUAGGGAAAAGCAAUAGUGAACAUAACCAAAAAUCUGAAAAUUCUACAAAAAAGUUUAUGGUCAAACGAAGUAUGAGUUUAAAUAUUGAUUCAUCCAAAGGAGAUUUUCAGUCUAGUUCAAAAAGUUUAUCACCUAUCAAAAAACAAAGUGAAUUAGCAGGUACAUCUGAAAUUACUAAUACUGAAACUAUCAUUAAUGGAAAGGAAAAGAAUGAAAUCGAAACAUUAGUAAAUGAGACAUAUAAGAAACAAACGGAAACUGGAAAGGAAGAAACUGGAAAGGAAUCUGAAAGUAGAAUUAAUGACGUUCCAAUUAGAAAAGCUAGUUUUAGCAAAAAACAAUCACCAAAAUCUCCAAAAUCUCCCAAAAAACCAAGCAUGUUUGAUCAUUUAAAUUUUGCAAAAGAGGUUUGUGGGAAUAUGGGAGAACCAGACAAUAUUGACAAAAAACUAUCAGAUACGGAAAACUCAGUGAAAACACAAAAACCUCCUGACCUUAACAAAAUACCGCUUAGGUCUAAAACUCCUCCAAGGAAGAAGAAAUUUUCACCGUUUGGAGAUGUUAUAGAUGACCUUGAUCUUAGUCCAGAAGAAGCACAUGGUGUACCUUUAGAGGAUGAUGAGAUUGCUCCACACAGAAUUAACCUGAUCAACUGGGAUCCUACAAAGCUUUUGAAUGUAUUGUACACAGUGAAACUAGAGAAAGAUACUUCAGAAGAUAUAUCACACCAGUUCGUCAAUAUGGAAGGAUUGAUGGAAAAGUUGCCAAUGAACAAGAAAAAAGCCACACUUUUAAAAACAUGGAAAAGAAGAUUUUUCAGAGCUAAAGAUGGAUGGCUGCAUUAUUAUGAGGGCAUUUUAGAGGAUCAGACCAGCAAUAGAGACAAACCUAGUGAUAGUGUACAGUUGAUGGGAGGGAAGAUAGAUGAUCUUGGAAACAGAGUUUUAGGUGUAGAUGAUGGGAGAGGGCGUUUCCUGAUGGUACGAUGUCCUACAGAGAAAGAAUACGGACAGUGGAAGUUAGCACUAGAAUCUCAGACUGUUAAUAAUGUUACUUAUGUCAGACCAGUUAUGUCUUCUCCACCACAUCCAGAAAAGAAAGUGAUGAUAAUAGACAUAGGAAGUGGAGGGAUACGCGCCGGUGUGAUGGGUGCUCAGCCUUGCUUGCCACAGAUGUUUUUCCCAAGUGUAGUUGCUAAACAUAAGACAACACAAGAACUUGUUAUUGGUAUUGAUGCCUACAAACCAGAAAUUAGGAAAAAUUCUACUCUUAUAAAGUUGGUGGAACCUAGCAAUAAAGUGGAUAAGGAUCAUUUUAGACCAUUUGCAAUUGACAUGGAAAUGAUGUCGGCUGUAUUUGAUUAUAUAUUCAAAGGCCUGAAAGCUGAUUCAGCUAAAUAUUGGAUAAUGUUAAGUACUCCAUACAAGCUUGGUGAUGCAGCUAUGAGUAGUUUAAUGAAGAUUCUGACAGACAGAUUCAAUGUUAAAGGUGUCUGUAUGGUAAUGCAGUCCUUACUGGCCUUGUACUCUUAUAAUGCCACAUCAGGAAUCAUUGUAGAUAUUGGAGAAAGGAUGGAAAUACUGCCAAUAUUUGAUGGAGUGCUAAUUGAAGGAGGAGUGUCUCGUCAAUCAUAUGGUGGACAAAAAAUAGCCGAUUCCUUAAACUCUUCUUUAGUGGAACAUAAGUACAAUUUUGUUACACCUGUUGAUAAAUUACUAGUCAGAUAUGUGAUGGAACAAUCUUGUUAUGCAUGUGAAAAUUACAAGGACAUGAAGAGCAAAUGUGACAAAGAUUCAGAUAGUUAUAAGUCAACAGUAUACCUCAAUAAUUUUGAUCUGCCUGAAGAUGCACAUAUGAGUGUUACACAUGAUAUUAGUUGUUUUAAAAGUGCUGAAGGUUUCUUCAAUACAGAUCUGUGGGGGAUGGAUUAUCCAUGUGUACAUAAACUGAUCUAUCAAGCUAUUCAAUCCUGUCCUAUGGACAACAGAAAACAUAUGUAUAGGGCCAUAUAUUUAAGUGGAGGUGUCACCAUGUUACCAGGAUUUUCUGAGAGAUUACAAGCAGAGUUAAAGAAAUUAGCGCCACCAUCAGUUUUAGUUGAGGUACAUGCAUCACCUCAAAGAUAUUACAGUGCUUUUAUUGGUGCAGGAACAUUGUUAUCAAACCUCGCUAUUAGUGAACAAAUAUUUAUAUCAUCUGAAGAUUGGAAGAAAGAUGGAGUAGCUACAUUCAGAAGAUGGAAAGCAUCGUAAACAUUGGAUAAAUUGUGCUAUCAUACUCCACAUACAAUUUAAAUCCUGCUUUACUGCCAUUUAUAGAAAUCGCAAAUUAAAAUAAUGAUCUUUUGUUUAAAGAAUUAAUCCAUAUUUUUAAGCUAUUAAUGAUGCAUUUAUAAAUAAGUAAACUUAUAUGUAAAUAAGUAAGUAAUAGAAUAUAUUCAAACAAAGCUGCCAGUCUUAUUGGAUAAAUGUGUAUUUUCAUUUACAUAUUUAGCUAUUUCCCCAAGCCAAAACUCAACAAAAUUUUAUGCCAUUUUGCUUUCCCUGUUGUCAUUAACCAGUUUUAUAUUUGUCUUCAUUAUUCACCUUUCCUUUGCACUGUCUAAGAAAAAGGUCAAAAAAUGUCCCCUGCUAUUUUAAGAUACAACAUACUACUGGUAUAUAUAAA